GAAUUCCUCUGCUGCGAGGCUCAAUUUAAGGCUCUCCUCAUCAUGGGCCGCGAUCCCUCUCAGAUUGUCAAGCCGCCGCUUGACCGUCUCGUCCCCGAGUUUCUAGAUCGCGUCGUCAAGGCUUUGGAUAUCUGUAAUGCCGUUCUCCACGGGAUUGAAUCGGUUCGCCAGUUUCAAAAACUCGCUCAAAUCGCGAUUUCAGCUCUGGAGCAGAGUCCGAUUGGAGACGGACAAGUGAAACGAGCGCGUAGGGCUUUGAAUACCUUGAUUACAUCCAUGGCCGUUGAGGAUAAGGAUUUCUCCAACAGUAAAUCCGCAGAGAGAUCUUGGUCUUUCGGGCGUCGUGGAGGUGCCGGUGCCGGUUCCGGCACCGCCACUCCGCUGCAUAAGGACCGAAUCGCAGGACAGUUUCGUUCGCUGUCUUGGAGUAUGGCGAAAGGUUGGUCAGCGGCGAAGCAGAUUCAAGCUAUGUCGUCUAAUCUGGUUGUACCACGCGGCGGCGAGUCAUCGAGUUUACCGCAGACGGUUUACUUGAUGAGUACGGUUUUGGUGUUCGUAAUGUGGACUCUGGUUGCGGCGCUGCCGUGCCAGGAGAGAGGCGGGCUGACGACGUACUUUCCGGUGUCGAAGCAGAUUAGCUGGGCGCAAUCCAUGAUCGGACUGCAGGAGAAAAUCGCGGACGAGUGGAAGAAGAAAGAGAAGAAAGGAAGCGCUGGUCUGUUAGAAGAGAUGCAGAGGAUGGAGAAACUGAGUCAAUCACUGAUCGAAUUCACUGAUUCGUUCGCUUUCCCGUUGGAGGCGGAGCGGCAGGCGGAGGUGACAAAACAGGUGGCGGAGCUGGCAGAAACCUGCAAGAAACUGGAAGAAGGAUUGGUGCCAUUACAGCAACAAAUCAGAGAAGUUUUCCACAGGGUUGUGAGAAGCAGAACAGAGAUUGUUGAGCUUUUGGAGUACACUGCGAAGGCAUCUUCCCCAAUUGUGUGAAACAAAACUGAAGAAGAGGAAGCCAUUAACACGCCAUGAUCACUACUGGUAAAGGAUCUUCUAAACAGCAACCAGUCCCAUGGUGGCUCCCAUGUAGAUUUUGUAAGACUUUUGAUUUAUUUAUUUUAUUUUAUUUAAUUUUGCUCUUACGGUUUUAAUUUCUUGCUGGAUGUUAGAAAAUAUUUAAUGUUAAUCUGC